UCGAUAUUUGAAACCAUUAUGAUGGUCAAAUAUGACUCAUUUUUAAGAUUAACUUUUCGCUAUUUCUACCUAUUUUGCUAUAUAAACCUCACCAUUAACAGUGUCGUUUGCCUAUAUACAUCUUUGAUAGUUUAUGGUAUUUCGUUCUUAUUGGAAUUCAAAAGAACUUAACAAUUGAAUGUUGAGCAUAUCUGUCAAAUCGAGUUUACCAUCUGCCGCGUCCGGUAGUAAAACUAAAUUUUCGUUGAUUUAGUUUGUAAAUUGUGCAAAGAUCACAACGGUAAUUAAUAAAUAAAAUUGAAAAUGUGUCGUUUCAGUCGAUUGCCGCAUGUUUCAAAAUGUUGUUGCUACAUUAGCCUCCGAAUUAGUGCUUAUUUAAUCGGAUUUUUACAAUUAAUUUUCGGCUUGGGUAUUAUUGUUUCUGCUCUUGCAUACUCUUCUACCGAUAAAGGAAGUGGUGGUCAGGAUGUACAUGAUACUGAAAAUAAUCACGAUUCUGAUCGAACAAUAAAUAUGUGCGUUUUUGGUAUUGCAUUCACACUACUUGGUGUUUUAUUGAUACUCGGAGUCAAAAUUAAAAAUUUGCUCCUAUUACGAGUCUACAUCGCAAUAGAGAUAAUUGGGCUACUCGUCGGAUUUGUCAUCUACUUAAUUAUCCUCAUCAAUAUGUUCCUGGCUUUUGUUAUCGCUGCCGAUGAUGAUUCAUCGGACAAUUUUGUUGGACUUUUGAUCAAAAUAUUUGCCAUAAGCACAGCUCAUGUACUGGUGGUUGUGAUCAUUAUUGCAUUCGCUAUAAUUGCAUUGAAGGCGUAUUUCUUGCUCUGUGUGAACUCAUACUUAAGGGAGUUGAUUAAACUCGAAAGUGGCACACCACUAGCUGUUGGCUAUACAGCUGUUACAGAAACCGAUGAUAAUAUUAAAUUUGGAUGAGGUGC